CGGUGGCGGCGGCGGCCGUGGCCCGGCGGCCUGGGACAGAGUCAGAGUCGACGGUGGCGGCGGCGGCGGCGGCGGCUGCCGCGGCGGUGGCGACGGCCGCGGGGACUCGGAGCUGAGAGGAGCUGCUGCUCGGACCAGCGCGGUUAUAUUUCACACUAUGUGCUGACUGUAUCUACAGAAGAUAUUUAAAAAAAAAAAAAACUUUUUUCAAAGAUUUUGAUUCCAGUGGAAUCUUUGCUUUAGAUUAUUUUGUGUGUGUGUUAGUGAAUUAUAACUCUAGUAACAAUGCCUGUACAAGCUCCACAAUGGACGGAUUUCCUCUCCUGCCCAAUUUGCACUCAGACUUUCGAUGAAACAAUUCGAAAGCCCAUCAGUUUGGGUUGUGGUCAUACUGUCUGCAAGAUGUGCCUGAAUAAACUCCACCGCAAGGCUUGCCCAUUUGACCAGACCACUAUCAAUACAGAUAUUGAGCUCCUCCCCGUGAACUCAGCAUUGCUGCAGCUAGUAGGUGCUCAGGUCCCUGAGCAGCAGCCCAUUACUUUGUGUAGUGGGGUUGAAGAUACAAAGCAUUAUGAGGAAGCUAAGAAAUGUGUAGAAGAAUUAGCAUUGUACCUGAAACCACUCAGCAGUGCUAGAGGAGUGGGUCUGAAUAGCACUACGCAGAGUGUUCUGAGUCGCCCAAUGCAGAGAAAGCUGGUGACUCUGGUCCACUGCCAACUAGUGGAAGAAGAAGGCAGGAUUCGUGCUAUGAGAGCAGCUCGAUCUUUAGGUGAACGGACAGUUACAGAGCUCAUUCUUCAGCACCAGAAUCCCCAGCAGCUCUCCUCCAAUCUCUGGGCAGCAGUCAGGGCUAGGGGCUGCCAGUUCCUUGGACCAGCAAUGCAAGAGGAAGCUCUAAAGCUGGUUCUCCUGGCCUUGGAAGAUGGUUCUGCUUUGUCAAGAAAAGUAUUGGUUCUCUUUGUGGUGCAAAGGUUGGAGCCACGGUUUCCUCAAGCCUCUAAAACUAGCAUUGGGCAUGUUGUCCAGCUCCUUUAUAGAGCCUCCUGCUUCAAGGUCACCAAACGUGAUGAAGACUCUUCUUUGAUGCAACUGAAAGAAGAGUUUAGAACCUAUGAAGCUCUGCGGCGAGAACAUGACUCCCAGAUAGUGCAAAUUGCUAUGGAAGCAGGCUUACGAAUUGCACCAGACCAAUGGUCCUCUUUGCUUUAUGGAGACCAGUCUCAUAAGUCUCAUAUGCAGUCAAUUAUUGACAAGUUGCAGACCCCAGCCUCUUUUGCACAAAGUGUUCAGGAAUUAACAAUUGCUCUCCAGCGAACUGGAGAUCCAGCAAACUUGAACCGACUAAGACCCCAUUUGGAGCUAUUGGCAAACAUUGAUCCUAGUCCAGAUGCCCCUCCUCCUACUUGGGAACAGCUAGAAAAUGGACUGGUUGCUGUGCGUACUGUGGUACAUGGGCUAGUAGACUACAUCCAGAACCAUAGCAAAAAGGGAGCAGAUCAACAGCAGCCCCCACAGCAUAGCAAAUAUAAAACAUACAUGUGUCGAGAUAUGAAGCAGAGAGGAGGAUGCCCUCGUGGGGCCAGCUGUACAUUUGCACACUCACAGGAGGAACUGGAGAAGUUUCGUAAAAUGAACAAACGUCUGGUUCCCAGAAGACCCCUGAGUGCCUCUUUGGGUCAGCUUAAUGAGGUGGGCCUACCUUCAGCAGCUGUCCUUCCAGACGAAGGUGCAGUGGAUCUGCCUAGCAGAAAAACCCCUGCUCUGCCCAAUGGAAUUGUAUCAGCAGGGACUACAGUAACACAACUGAUUCCACGAGGGACAGACCCCACCUAUGAUUCCAGUCUGAAGCCAGGAAAGAUAGAUCAUCUGAGCAGUAGUGCCCCUGGAUCCCCUCCUGACCUAUUAGAAUCUGUCCCUAAGAGUAUUUCUGCCUUACCUGUGAAUCCACAUCCUGUACCUCCAAGGGGGCCAACAGACCUGCCUCCUAUGCCUGUCACCAAACCACUUCAGAUGGUACCACGAGGUUCUCAGUUAUAUCCAGCACAACAGGCAGAUGUUUAUUAUCAGGAUCCUCGAGGAGCUGCUCCACCAUUUGAACCAGCACCUUAUCAGCAGGGUAUGUACUAUACUACACCACCACAGUGUGUAUCUCGCUUUGUCAGACCUCCACCAUCUGCUCCUGAACCUGGUCCUCCCUACUUGGAUCAUUAUCCACCCUAUCUCCAAGAUCGUGUAGUAAACUCUCAGUAUGGCACACAGCCACAACAAUACCCACCUAUGUACCCACCACACUAUGAUGGCCGCCGAGUAUACCCUGCUCAAUCUUAUACAAGAGAGGAGAUUUUCCGAGAAAGUCCUAUACCCAUUGAGAUUCCACCUGCAGCAGUGCCAUCCUAUGUACCAGAAUCCAGAGAAAGAUACCAACAGAUGGAGGGUUACUAUCCAGUGGCUCCUCAUCCAACUCAGAUCAGACCUUCGUACAUGAGAGACCCUCCUUAUAGCCGGCUUCCUCCUCCUCCUCAGCCCCAUCCUAGCCUAGAUGAGCUGCAUCGCAGACGAAAGGAAAUAAUGGCCCAGCUAGAGGAAAGGAAGGUUAUCUCUCCACCUCCUUUCGCACCUUCACCAACAUUGCCUCCUACCUUUCAUCAAGAAGAAUUUAUGGAUGAAGACCUGAAGGUAGCUGGGAAAUACAAAGGAAAUGACUACAGCCAGUAUUCUCCCUGGUCAUGUGACACGAUCGGCUCCUACAUUGGAACCAAAGAUGCCAAACCCAAAGAUGUGGUGGCAGUGGGGAGUGUGGAAAUGAUGAAUGUGGAGAGUAAAGGAAUGAGAGACCAGAGACUGGAUCUUCAGAGAAGAGCAGCAGAAACCAGUGAUGAUGACCUUAUCCCAUUUGGAGACCGACCAACCGUAUCUCGGUUUGGUGCCAUCUCUCGAACUUCCAAAACAAUAUAUCAGGGUGCUGGUCCAAUGCAGGCUAUGGCACCUCAGGGUGCUCCCACAAAACCUAUUAAUAUUUCAGAUUAUACUCCAUAUGGAACCCAUGGCGGCUGGGGAGGUUCUCCAUAUUCACCUCAUCAGAACAUACCUUCUCAGGGACACUUCAGUGAGAGGGAGAGAAUAUCCAUGUCAGAAGUGGCCAGUCAUGGAAAGCCCCUUCCAUCUGCUGAGAGGGAACAGCUACGACUAGAAUUACAACAGCUAAACCACCAAAUUAGCCAACAGACUCAGCUACGUGGACUAGAGGCUGUUAGUAACAGGCUGGUGUUGCAGAGGGAGGUCAACACCCUGGCAGGCCAGUCACAGCCCCCACCACCAACUCCAAAAUGGCCUGGGAUGAUUUCAAGUGAGCAAUUGAGUUUGGAACUGCACCAGGUGGAAAGGGAAAUCGGGAAGAGAACCCGGGAACUGAGUCUGGAGAACCAGUGUACUCUGGACAUGAAAAGCAAAUUGAAUACAAGUAAACAAGCAGAAAAUGGACAACCAGAACCACAAAAUAAGGUUUCAGCUGAGGACCUUACAUUGACAUUCAGUGAUGUACCAAAUGGCUCAGCUUUGACACAAGAGAAUAUCAGCCUCCUGUCAAACAAGACCAGCUCUCUGAACCUGUCAGAGGAUCCCGAGGGAGGAGGUGACAACAAUGACUCCCAGAGAGCCGGAGGAGUCACAUCCACUUCUGCUCCCUAAAUUAUGAAGAGUUCGACUUUUAUCUUUUGCUCCUGAUCAAUUUGUGGGGCAUAGGGGUAGGAGAACAGAUAACUUCUAAACUUUUUCUCUGAGAGUGGUCAGAGAAAUCCAAGAAAAGUACCGGAGGCAAUGUGCACAAAUACCACUACUAAAAACAAACCCUGCACAUAGUUCACAUUAAUGCAUUUUUUAAUUUAAAAAAAAAGAAAAAGAAAAAGAAAAUUAGCAGUAUCUGCAAGCAAUUCAGAUUAAAUUUGUUUUUGUUCUGUGAAUGAACUUUAUUUUAAUAACUUUGGACGCCUUGGAUCCAGGGCUUUAAAAAAAAAGAAGAUAUUAUAUAUACACUCUGUUUGAUUAAUUGUAUGAUCUUAAUGAAGUAGGUUUUUCUUGUAUUUUGGUAUUAUUACAUACCCAGUGUAUAAUUCCUUAUCCCCGAUCCUUCCCAACUUUCACAACCCCAUAAGUUAAAACAGACAGAAAGCACCGGACUGUCUGAGAAUUCUGUGGUGCUUGAGAAACAAAGAGACAGUAGUAGACUAGUUAUUAGAAAAUGUGCAGCAAACCAACUUUUCCAAGAGCUCUUAUUUGAAAGUCAUAAUUUUCUUUCCCUUUCUGGUUUCUGGCUUCAUGUGUGUGUUUUUCAUAUGGCACUAAAACUUUUUGUUGUUCAGGUGGGUUUUGUUUCUUGUUUUUGUUUUUACUUCCACUUUUUCAGAGAGAUAAUUCCUAAUUAAUUUUUUGAAGUCCUCAUUUCCAUAUUAUGGAUCCAUUUCAUUCUCUUGAUGUAAUCAGAAAGCCAGGCCAAUAUUGUAGGCUGUUCGAUUAGUUUUAAAUGGAGAUUAUUUUAAGAAUGAACUGUAAUUUAUUAGUUAGUACUGAAAAAUACAUGGUUGGUAUAUUACCUGUACUGAGCUGAUGGUUGGAAAUUUGGAGUUGUGCUUUUCAAAUUAAACUUUUGUUAAAAUCAUAAAAUGUUUUUUAAAAACCCAGAAAACAAAAACCACUGGGAAAAUCAACCAUGUUUUAAAACUGCAACACUUGAAUUGAAAAUGAGCAGUCACAUUAUUUCUGUUGAUGUUUUUGUUCUGUUUUACUGUCAGAACCCAAAAGUAUAAAAUAAAAUUAAAGCCCCUGGUUUUCAAAUAGAUGAGUCAAAUACAAACUGCCCAGUUCUUAAGGAUAGUUUAUAAAUUAAUAGUUGUUGUUCAGAAUCAUCGGCGCAAGUAGGCAGUUAAGUACCUAAAAGUUAGUUUUCAUAGUGAAGAGAUUCUUGAUGAAAAUGUUGAAAAGAAUAAGAAAUUUUAAAAUUUAGUUCUGCUGCACAUAUUCUGAUGCCAUGUGUCUAUACUGAGCUAAGACCCUAUAAAACAUGUUUAGGGGGGAUUAUUUGAUAUAGUCACCCUCCUCAUUCCUAUGUUUGCCUGAUUUUUUAAAAAUUUCCCUUUCUGGAUUAUACUACUACAACAGAAAGCACUGGUUAUGUAAUAAGUUACUGCAUUGCUUUGGUUGGGUAAAAGCAAGAGUUUGUAUUUUUCUUGUUUCUUAUUUUCUUAACCCUUAACUCCUGCUGAGGUCAUAACAACCUCAGUGUAAGCUCUAUGUCCAUCAUACUGUUAACUGAAACAAAUGGGGGGAGGGGGGAGGGAAAUACAGUCCUGCCAUUGCCUACCAGUAGGAGAGUCCAAACAGAACACUCUUUUGAGUAGCGAUUAUUUAAUUUGCCCAGUCAAGGCACCGUGUUUAUAUACUAUUUCACAUUGAAUUUGAUUAUGCCCUACAGACCUGGCUGGUCAAGGAUUUGAUAUACACAUAUUGGCUUGGGAUUCGAGCUUUCUUUUUUAUUUAAAUAAAAAUUUAUAUAUAUUAUAUAUAUACAUAUAUACAUAGCUAUAUCUGUAUAUAUAUUGGGUAUGUUUUAAGGAUUUUUUCGCAUGAGCGCAGCUGUUGCGAUAAAAUGACUGGGAGGUAGAAGCACUGAAUGAAGAUGAGGCAUUUUUUUUCAGUUGAUAUCCAUAUUUUCCUUUUUAAAAAUACACACUUGCUUUUUUUGCUUUUUGUUUGUUUUCUUUUUUGCUUAAAACCCUCUUAUAUGUAAGUGCUUAUUGUUUUUUGGGAGAAGGAAAGAAACUUUGUGUGUCUGACAGAGUCCCAAGAUUUUUCAUUUCUUUGUGUAACUAUAAAAGGCAACAUUCUUGGCCUCCAACAUUCUGUAGGCAGAUUUGGGCAGUCUUAUUUCUCCUUUGGACAUGUUAGAUAAUUUAUAAAUUUUAGAAGCAGUUGGUUCAGCUUGGAACUCAGAAUGAUUCUGAUAUUGGAAAGGAAUUUAUGAGUAUUGAUUUUGUUGACGUUCAGAAUAAAAUUAAAAUUCUAUUUUGGAACUCCAUUGAGACAUCUAAUAAGUCAACUUAUUUUUAUAUCUUUCAAAUACACUCCUUGCUUUCACCAUUUUGAUUUGGUAGGUUAGGCAGGAAUAGGUGUUAACUUAUUCUAACUUUAUUACUAUUCUGAAUAAAACUAGAAAAGCCACAGUUGAAUUGACUUAAAAUAUUCUUUCGCUUUUUAAGAUAAUUUCAUUGGGGAUGGGGAUGGGAGGCAGAUCUCUUAAAUUGUAGCCUUAAUUCUAGCUAUAACCUCAGUAAGGACCCACACACUCUAGAGGAAAUCUAGUUGGCAGAAAGGCAAAAGAAUGAUAUCCUGUUCUCAUUGUGCAUAUGACUUACCUAUUUAAAUUGGUCACUGCUUUUUAUCUCAUGGAAAUUCUUAAAACUUUCUUAGUGUUCAUAAGCAGUUUUAGGAAUUAAAUAAAACCUCCAAAGUUUGGAUUUUUUUUUUUCUUUUCUUUUCCUUUUCUCUGUGAUACACUUUGUAAAAUGAUGAACCUAUAAGGGUAAGUGGCCUAUUUGGGCAAAACUACUUGAUUCUUUAAAAAAAAAAAAAAAAAAAAAAACUACUCGACUCUUCAGCUGCUUUGUCAAAGCCUAUAGAAGCCAUUGAUUUUUUUUUUUUUUUUUUUUUUUUUUUUUUUGGCUUUUAAAAUGUAUGCCUUUAGAGACAGUUAAGAAAUUAAAUCAGUCAGGAAAUAGAGUUUUUAUGCUUUCUACUUAGUAAAAUAUGGAUUUCUUCUGGAGAUGACUUUAUUUGCUUUUCACUGAAUUUAGAAGCAAGACUGACAUCACAGAUGAACACAAGCAAUUCUUAGAGAGUUAUGGUAGGAGUAUAUUAAGCACUAUGUUCAUUCUUGUUUAGAUAACAAAACCGGAAUCUUAUUAUAGCUAGGGAUAUAAAAGUACUUUGACUUUAUUUUUUCCCCAAAGGUAUCUCUGGAAAAGAGUAGAACUGAGAAUAAGAUAUCUACACGCAAUUUCCUAACUUAUAUAUAGUUCUUUUGCCUUACUUCUAGAUACUGUCACAAGAUAAAUCCAAUAGCCUGCCCUGUCUUGGGUAAUUUACAGAAGCUAAAGUGACCAAAGAUCCAUUCCUUAUUACUUUUGUAAUCAAAAGAACAAUUAGCUGUAGUAUAGGUUUCUAGUAAUAGUAUUCACAUGAUAAGACACUAUUUCUAAUGCCAGCUACAAAUAUUCAACUACUCACAAUGUAUAAAAAAUUAUUUGGUAUGGCAUUUAUGUGGCUGAUUCCCUUCUCUCAUCUUAUUUCCCUUUCCCUUCUCCUCCACUUUCCUGUGUAUUUAUUCUUUUGCCUAAAAUAAAAUUGGUAUGAUUCUCAUUUGCUACCAUGAAUAUGUAACUCCAUCAGACUUUCCAUAGGUCUUCAGGGUUGGAGCUCAAAGUUUUGUGGUUUUUUUUCUGGCCCUUUUCUAUCUUGCAAAUUCCCCUUGACUUACCCACAGCCCUCCCUAAUCUGCAACAGUGACAGUUUGCUGCCUCAAAACAGAGCAUUCAAAUGAAUUCGCUUAGCCAAUAACUUCUGUGAAGUUGCCUUUUCUAAUGGUGUUAUUACUCAGUGAUGCACAAAUGUGGUAUUUGCCCUACUGGUAGGCAAACAAAGGUCUGGUUAAGAAUGGUAACCUGCUGUUUUCUUUAAAGGAGAGCCAAAGACUUGUGCUUUACUCUGUUUUGGUUUGGGGGGGAAAUAGCCAUUUUGAUUGUGAAACCUUUUAGUAUUUGUGAUUGUAUUGUGUAAGUAGAUUUGUCUAAAGUUAACUGUUAAAGGUAGCUGGCCUUAUAAAAUGUAAAAGUAAUGAAAAUUCAUCAGUUUCUCUAAACCAGUGAAUGUCAUCUUUUACAGUAUUUUGUGUAAGCAGUCCCCCCAUUUUUUGAGAUUAUCUUGUCAUAAUAGCAUCUUGUGUGUUUUGGUUUUUUACUUGUAUCUGAAGGACAAUCUAUAUCACUUUGGUCAAGCUAUGAGACUGGGUAAAAGAAUUCAUGAGCAUGUGACUAGUGAGAAAUAAACUGUAGUCACUGCAUAUGAGAUUAUAUUCAGAUUUGGAGAAAAAAACAGAUUCUUUUCACUAAAGUAUUUGCUUUUAAAUACAAAUGGUGAUGGAUGGAGGUCUUACCAUCUUCCACUUUGUUUUUGCUCAUUUUAAAGAAUUGAGUAAAGGUUUCAUAUAUAAAAUCUACCUGUAAAAAGCACCUGUAAUGAUACAUAUUUUAUUAAAAGGUAAGACCCAGUUACUUUUUAGGAGAAAUUAAUAUAAUCUGCCUGGAAAGUAACUGUACUCUAAAAAAGCCUGAUCAUGUGUAUUUUUAGUUGGUGAUACAUGGUGAUGGUGAUGCAAGAUGAUCUCUUCUCUGAAAAAUCAGCCUGUUCUUGUAGAUGAAAAUUAGAGCAACUAAACUAAAGCAGAUUUCACUUUAAACAUUAGGAAUUGAACAAGCAAGCAGUCUACUUCUAUUGUCAUUUUACCCAUUUUGCUGGUCCUCAUUCAUACCUUUCUACCUUGAACAUCUAUGGGUUUUAUAUUUAUUUGUUACUUCAGCUCAGCUUUAUGAAAUUUUCCUGCUGAAAUGACUUAUUGGGAAUUGUAGGUGGAUUGCAGUUAAUAUAUUUUUUAAGUUAUUAAUUCAACUUUUUGAGCCAUUUGAAAAAGAAAGCUAUUUUUGUCAAAAAGUACUAUUAAAUAUAGCAAAUGCCCUUAUAAUUUGGUUUUUAAAAUUUUAUUGCUUUGACUCCUAGAGAUGUUUCCAUAUAUAACAUUCUCAUUGGUAAGUAAUACUAGCUACGAUGUUAAUAAAGAAUAGGACACUGCCACCACCAGAAAGAAAUAACACCUUUUAAUAAUAGUGUUCCCAAUAGGUGGGUUUUCAAUACUGCACUGAACAAAGUGGGUAAAGCCCUUUGAAAUCCUGUUGUGAUAAAGGGACUUAACCUCACCACUGGAAUCCUUGUUUUCAGAGCCUCUGAAUUUUCAGCCAAACACUGAAUUUACUUUAAAUUUGAUUCCUGAACAAAACAUCCCUAGAGUAAUAACCUUUAUUUUCACAAGAAAAUAAGGCACAAUAACCCAAGAGAGAGAAAUUAAACCUCAAGAUUAUAUUGUGUCCAAAAAUGUGUAUUUAGGAAAGUUACAUCCUGUGGAGUUAGUAUAUUAUCUACUAGAUAGGGUGACUUAUUUUCUUGUAUUGAGGUCUCUGUUUCUGAUUGUUUUUGUUUUGUUUUGUUGUUUUUAACUCUUAAGUAGACAGAGCUCACAAGUCUUUGGCAUCCAUUUUAGGUUGUACACUCAGAGUCAUCUUAUAACUGGAAACUGUCAGGCAGCCCCUGCCACCCACCCCAGCUAGUGCAUUAAAGGGUCAAGAAAAGGAUGGAAAGAAACUGUUGGAUAAUUGGUUGCCUAGUUGUUCGUUGGGUGGGGGCUGAUUUAAAAAAAAAAAAAAAUCACCAUUUAUAGUGUAAUCACUGAUUGGCUGCCAUUCUUACAACAAUAUCUAAACAACCCUGUAAAAUAUUCCUCUGAUUUAAAGGUAAUUUAAACAUUUGUUUAUCAUUUUUACAUCCUCUGUUCAACUAAGGCACUCUCCUGAGUGCUACUUUUUCCAAGUGUAUUAUUGCCCACAUUUUCAUUACCCCAGCCCCACCCCCUUCAUCCUUUCUCUUCUCACCUUCUGGAAAUGAAAGGAACCUGGAGGGACUUUUUUCUUUCCUUUUCUUUUUUAUUUACUGAUCCAGAGGUCUCAUUGUCUUACUUUAUGAUGAUACUAUGACUUCUUGGAACAAGAGCAAUGGAAAAAGUGAAUUAAAGUGAUGAACAAAAUCUUUUACCCACUUAAGCAUUUUCCAGUUGUGAGAUUCCUCUUUGUGUGCGGUCUGUUCCCUUGUUACCCCUGCUACCCACCCCCCACCCCCCACACUAUGGUCAAUUUGGUCUUUAGGCCCAUACCAGUCUCCCCGAGACAUUCUGCAGUCAUUAUCACCUUUUUGGGUGGAUUUUUUUUUUGUUUUUUUUGUUGUUGUUUUUUUUUUUUUUUUUUUUUUUAACUUUUUAACAUUGAUGCAUAUUUGCUUGGGAUAGAGCUUGUGUAAUUUACCAAUCGUAUUGAUUGUAUGUGAUUGUGCCCUGCAGAGGUAUAUUUAACAAGACAAAAAUAAUUUAGAUUAAUAAAGGAGCCCAUGAGAUUUGAGUCAGGUUAUAAAUGACUUCAUGAAAUCACUUAGUUUUGGAUAGUGAGAAUUUAUAUCUCCUGUUCUUAGAAAUCAGUGCUAGACAAAAAUACCAUUUUUUAAAAGUUCUCUUGCAUUCCUAUUUUUUCCUUGCCUCAGCCCCAUUUUUUUUGCCUUUCUCCACCCACCUGUUCAGAAAUAAAAAUAUUGAGUCUUAAAGUGACAGCUGAUUUUAAAUUGCUAACGUUUGUGAAAUUUUACUUUUUCCCAGUGUUUUCAACUUAAAAAGAAGACAAAUAGGUUAGAAUUUCAAUCUGUGUGAAUAAUUCUUUAGCAUCUUACAAAUUGUGAAAUCUUAUUUGAAGACUCUCUUAAAAGUUCUUUUGAAAUAGGAAAAAGAACCCUGUUUGAAAUGGACCAUUUUCUUCUCUUUAAUGUGUUUAUAUUUCCAAUUUUUAAACAGCCUUCAAAAUAAGUGAGGUGGAAAUAGAGUAAUAGGAAGAUGUUUAGGGCAGCAGAAUUCUGGGUCUGAAUAAGUAGACGUUACACUUGUCAGGUUUUUAAGAGGAUUAAGGCCAUCUUUUUCAAUUUUGUAUUAUUUGUGUGCAUGUUGUUUAUAUCAAAGAUGCCACAUUUGUUAAAAUGCUAUUUCCUUUAUUACCUUGGAAACUGACUCAGCCUCAUGUUGCUCCUAAGUAGUGUUUAAAGCUCCCAUGAGUUGCAGAUAAAAGGGUUAUUUUAACAAGUAGAAGGAGGUGAUUCACCUUUUGGUUUGUAAAUAUAUGAAAGUGUCUACAAGGUCUUUAUCUGCUUUCUGUCAGCAUUUAUAUUAAAUGAUAAAUUAAUGAGGAGAAA